AUGACGCAUAUUUCUCUGGGCUGCAGGUUUCUCGGUACAACAGUGGAGAGUUCUUCCGUACUGCCUCUGCUACAGAGUCUGGUGCAACAACUGAGUAUGCUGGGAAAUCAAAGCCCACGAAGCGGCCUGCUGUCGUUUGACGAAGCCAUGCUUUGGCGCUCGUUCGACCCGCCGUCACGGACAGUACUGCAGACGACAGUCCGUACCUCAGUCGACUUCCUGUUCAGUCGUCUGGAGAAACUGCACAGCCGGAUAUUGGUGUGUCGCGCCUUGGGAUAUUUUACCUUAGCCAAUCACGGAAUCACCGAGGCGGAGCUUGAUGACGUGUUGUCCUGCGAUGAUGACGUAUUAAAUGACGUCUACACCUACUGGACACCGCCCAUGCGCAGACUGCCCCCUCUACUUCUCGUGUGCAUACGGGCGGACAUCGACCAAUAUGUCGUUGAGCGCGGUGCAGACGGUGCGCGCGUGUUGAACUGGUACCACCGUCAGUUUACGGAAGCUGCGCACGAGCGCUACUGCGCAGAUUAUGCGCAGAAAAGCGUCUCCAUAGCAACCUAGCUGAUUUCUUCGCGGGAACCUGGGCCAAUG